UGCUGGUUCUGAGGCUAUUCCAGGCCACAGCGGUGUGCAGAUUGGUUUGAUGUCAUAUGUUGAGUUUCACUGAUGUUUUUGGAUCUCAGGAACAUUCUGGAGCAUUCAUCCAGAGUAUCUGGUCCUCUUAGACGAUGUUUCUGUGUGCAGAAUCAUCCCUGCCUAAGUUAAGAGCAGAAAGCCCUAAAUCGUAGGGAUUAUUCCCUGCCGCUCCCUCUCUCUUACCCCAUUUUCAGCAUCAGCCACUCUGUCUUUCAUUUCAGUUCCUGCAGCUGUGCAGACGGCAAACAUGAGCACAGCCGGGGUCCAUCGAGGCUUCAUCAGGAAAUACGGUGGGUUCAUGUUCAAGCAGUGGAAGGAGAAGUACCUGGUUCUGACCGUGGAGGGAAGCCUGCUGGUGUGCCGGGAUGCAGAAUCCCCUCCAGACCAAGUGGUGGCGCUACAGACCAGCUGUGAGCUGAUCGUGGAGGGGCGGGAGAUCCUGGACCUGCCCAGGUUGCCUCCAGGGGGCAGGAGAGACUGCUGCUUUGCCCUCAUCCUGCCCCAGAACAAGUUCCUCCUGCUGCUGUCAGACAGCCCGGAGGACUGCAGUGUUUGGCUGAUGCGGAUCAGGAAGGUCAGAGAGGGUGUGAUGUCACCCCAGACCCUCCAGAGGCAGCGCAGCAUCACUCCCUGCAUCACAGACAGAGACCCGCUGCCCGACCCGUCCAGCGAUAAAGACCCGGGGUCGCCCAGGGUUGGUGGGGCCACGCCCCCGCUGUCUCGGGUCAUGGAGCGGGGGGGAUCCUUCAGAGCUCCUUCAGCCGUUGGGCCGAGGCAGCCUCUCCGGAGCGUUUCUGUAGCUCCGCCCCACCGUGUCUCAGAUUGUCUUCGCCAUGGCAACAGCAGCGAUGCUCGGGCGGUGAGGGCUGUGUGCUUGCUGAUGGGAGGGGCUGCAGCCUCCUCUGCUUUGGGCUACCUGACCUCCUGCCCCCCCUCCUCCCCCCUCGCCGCCAGAGCCCCGGACACGGCCCACGGCCCUGGGGGCUUGUCCGACCUCCCUGCAGGCGGUUCGUUCCACGCCUGCAGCCAGGACAUCGACUCCCCACACUUCAACAGCUUCGACUUUGAGGCGGACUCCGACUUUGACGCCUUUGACUGUGGAGGUUUCGCCUUUUAAACGCCACCAGGAAGUAAACAGAGAAACCUUUUCCAAACCUUCCUUUCUCAACAGAAUUCCCGCGUGGGCAUUCCUUUGUAAUACGAGGUCUUUGUUAAUACUAGUCACAUGUUGGGUUGUCUGUGCAUCUGAAUCAUGAAUGAAUGAAGCUGCUCUUCCUGGCUGUGAGCCCGUGCUCCCCAGGUGAAUAAUUCAUGCUCCUGACUCCUCUGACCACCGUCGGUGUGUGUCGUUUCUCUCUUUCCAUGCCUGGCGCUGUCUGGGUUAGACCUCUAGAUGGAAACGUUAAACAUACUGUUUGGUGCUGUUGUCUUGAAUGUUUUAUAACUUCAUGAUGUGAGAUUUCCUUCUGACCCGAUUUGAGAGACACCCUUUACCCAGCGUUGGCUCACAGAAACGUGUGAAUGGAGUUUAAAGGUGAGUUGUAAAUAAAUCCUGCCAACAGAA